GGCUCUGAAGAACCCUUGGAAAUGGAUCGCUCGUCUUUAAAAUGGAAACGUACCCUUGAGGGUUAGCUCAGAGCCAGCAGCGGCCCGGGGCCUCCUGAAGCCUGAUGUUCCAGAACCCCAGGGCCCGUCGGCACGGAGAGAGGGCACGGGCCCCAGGCCAUGGUCACCCUCCUCACCGAGAAGCUGCGGAACCAGAGCCUGGAGGACCUCGGCCGCAAGAGCUACGAUGCCGGCCCGUAUUCUGCCCAGAAACCGAACACAAGUGGCCACUUGUUCCCUUCUGAGACCGAUGAAGACAAGCACCCCUGGAAGGUCAUCGGUGGAGGACAGCCCGUCGGAAGCCAGGGGGCCACGGGCCCUGCCAUCCCCUUCCCUCCGGGCCCCUGCGGCCCGAGCGCCAGCCUGGGUGCGGUCAGUGCCAGGGACCUCAGGGACGGCGCAGGGCCGCCCUCCGCACCGCCCACCAAGCGACACUGCCGCUCCCUGUCGGAGCCCGACGGGCUGGCGCGCUGCCGGUCCCCGUGGCGCCCCGGCGGCUCCAGAGUCUGGGCUCCUGUCUCCAAGAGGCGGUGCCACAGUGGCGGGAGCGCCACGCUGCAGGCCGGGAGCGCCUGGUCGCCGGGCCGAGCCCUCCCCGCUGCCAGCUCCGCCUCGCCCCCCGCGCCCCGGCCGGCCUCGGCUUUGGCCAGCAGCGGCCUCCCGGCCCUGGGCCCGGCUCGGCGACCCGCUGGACCUCGCUUGCCCUCGCCGCGCCGCCGCCUGUCCCUGUCACAGGAGCGCCUGUUGCCAGUGGAUGCGGCCCCACCCUCAGCAGGCAGCACGCCCGCGUCCACGCCCGCGUCCACGCCCGCGUCCACGCCCGAGCUGGGCCGCUGCCGGGGCCUGCUCCGCUGCCGCUCUCAGCCAUGCGUGCGCGCAGGCGGGAAGGGCCAGCGGAAGCGCAGGCGCGAGGAGGAUGCGCGCUGGCCGCGCCCGGCCCUGGACUUCCUGAAAAUGACGCGGACGUUAAAAAAUUCAAAAAGCCUUUGUUCGCUUGAUUACGAAGACGAGGAUGAGGAUGGCGCCCGGGUGAAGACAGCCGUGUCCUCCCCGUGUGACCCGCACGGCCCCGCGGGCAGCGCUGCGCCCGGCCCCGGCCCCGCCAGCCCCAGCCCGGGGGUCUGGCGGGGGUGGGUGGCCGGUGGGGGCGGGAGUGGCGGGGACCCGAGUGACUGGGACAGCGCCGGGGAGGAGGGCGUCUUCCCCGCGGGCCGCGGCGAGCUGGACCUGGAGCAGAUCGAGAACAACUGACCGGCAGGCCGCGGGGAGCCCCGGCUCUUGCCCGCGAGCGCGCUGUUCGAACUCCAGGUGUCGCUUUGAUGCAGCCUUUCCUGGAGAAGCGUUCUGCAUUUUUCCGGCCUUUCUGGUUCCGAGAAAGCGUCUCUAUCUUGAAGUGAAUUUUCGUGAGGGCAUUCUGUUAACAGGGUCUGUGCACAGACCCUGGGGUGGGUUUGUGUUCCUUUGGUGAAAUGCCUACUGUGAAGGGCGCUGUGCGUGGUUCAGCUGCUCGCAAACACCGGGCGCGUGGCCGGCCCCUCUUGGACGCGGUCAUCGCGUGCUGGGCUCUUUGGAGCAGGGCCGCGUCGCUGAGGACUUGGGACGGGCCGUGAGGACGUGGUCCUGGCAGCCCUGCUCUGUCGAUUCAAUA